UCUGAACAACACAAGAGGAAGUUGAAAGAGAGAGGCAAACAUGAAACCUGAAACCAGAAACGAGGCUGAGGACUAUAAGUUAACUGUUGAAGUUCCUAAAACUGCCCAUGCCGUUAGCACUGAUUCAUGGCUCCAGGCAAGUUUUGUCUUAACCACUGGUGUCAACAGUGUAUUUGUCUUGGGAUAUUCCGGAACAAUCAUGGUCCCUCUCGGCUGGAUAGGAGGCAUAGUCGGUUUAAUGUUAGCCACCAUUUUGUCGUUGAAUGCGAACAUUCUUGUCGCCAAGCUCCAUGAGCAUGGAGGAAAGAGGCAUAUCAGAUACAGAGAUCUGGCAGCACAGAUAUACGGUAGGAGAGCCUAUACUAUUACAUGGGCAAUGCAAUAUGUUAAUCUGUUUAUGAUUAACAUUGGAUUUCUCAUUCUGGGUGGUUCAGCUUUAAAGGCUUGUUUUGCCGUUUUCAAUUACGAGCACAUCAUGAAACUUCCGUACUGUAUUGCGAUAACCGGGUUUGCUUGUGCUUUGUUUGCCAUAUCGAUACCGCAUCUGUCAGCUCUAAGAGUAUGGCUGGGAUGUUCAACAGUUCUUGGCCUGAUAUAUAUCAUCGUGGCUUGUGUGCUUGCAGCUAAAGAUGGAAUUAAUGCACCUCCCCGAGAUUAUAGCAUACAUGGGAAAUCAAGUAGCAGAAUUUUUACAACUAUAGGAGCAUCUGCAAAUCUUGUGUUUGCAUUCAAUACUGGAAUGUUACCAGAAAUACAGGCAACAGUGAGGGAGCCUGCAGUGAAGAACAUGCUGAAAGCUUUGUACUUUCAGUUCACCGUCGGAGUUGUACCGAUGUUCGCCAUUACCUUUAUCGGCUACUGGGCUUACGGAGCGGCGACAUCCACAUAUUUGCUCAACAGUGUAAGCGGUCCACUUUGGAUUAAGGCGUCUGCCAACAUAUCCGCCUUCCUGCAAUCUAUCAUUUGUUUGCACAUAUUCGCGAGCCCGACUUAUGAGUACUUGGACACCAAGUUCGGUAUCAGAGGAAGCGCGUUGCAACUCAACAACUUGUCCUUCAGAAUAGCAGCAAGAGGCGGGUACCUUGUCAUCAGUACACUGGUGUCGGCUCUUCUUCCAUUCCUGGGAGAUUUCGAGAGCCUCACCGGGGCGUUGAGCACGUUUCCACUAACGUUUAUCCUGGCAAACCACAUGUACAUCGUGGCAAAGAACAAACUGAGUCUGUUACAAAAGCUGUGGCAUUGGUUCAAUGUUGUUAUCUUCAGCAUCAUGUCUGUGGCAGCAACAGUUGCAGCUUUAAGGCUCAUAGCUGUGGACUCCAAACAAUAUCAUGUGUUUGCCGAUCUGUGAUCAACUACUAGGGGCUUAGAAAAAUACCAAAAGAAAUGACAGAAACCCGAUUCGAAUGUAAUGUUCGUUUCUGUUUUGAUUAGACUAAUGAUAUUAAUGUAAUGUAUUCAGUCAGUAAUCGG